AAUCGAGAGUGAAGGCGAUUUCCGGAACGUGCAUCUUAUGUCCACCAUGUCGUAAACCUAAAGGUCAAUGAUGGAGUCUGUGCGAUCACAAUCAUACGAGGCGCCGAUGUUCGCUGAGUAAUGAGGACCUUUGUGGGUUUGAACUAUUCCCGUUCCGAAGAAACACUGCGAACAUUUCGCUGCUAUGAUUGGCCAGGCUUCUCAGCUGUGGGCCUAUGUCUAUGUCCCUGACAAACCAAACCGAACUGCCUCAGCCUUCGUGGACGGUCCAAUGCUCGAUCGACGAGGAGUGACGAGAAACAGGAGUGAAUCACAUGUAGAAAGAUGCCAGGGGAUGGACUCGUACGCACUGCAUCACAUCGCAAGUCGUGAUAACAUGUAUAAAUCUCUCUGUCCUACCCAUGCAUUGCUUGAAGAUUUUCAUCGACUCAUUCAGCUUCAUUGUCCCUCUCUGAAGAUAAAUUUCGCAGUUGGUUCUCCCUGACAAGAUUGUCUUCACUUCCAGCAUCAAAAUCAACAUCGACACAACCCACACAAUGGCAUCUGGACUUAAGCCACUCACGCUCUGGGGCAAAUCAGGCCCCAACCCACCAAAGGUCGCCACCUUGCUGGAAGAACUAGGCCUUCCUUACGAGAUCAUUGACAUCCCUUUCGCAGAUGUCAAGAAGCCAGAAUAUACCGCAAUAAACCCCAACGGUCGACUUCCUACCAUCAAAGACCCCAACAACAACGACAUCCUUAUCUGGGAGAGCGGUGCCAUCAUCGAAUAUCUGCUCGAGAAGUAUGAUACUGAGCACAAGUUCGGCUUCGCUCCAGGUACCUCGGACUUCUACCAUGCCAGACAAUACCUGUUUUACCAGGUCUCCGGCCAGGGGCCGUACUUUGGGCAAUACUCUUGGUUCAAGAAGUUUCAUCCCGAGAAGCUCCCGAGCGCUACCGAGCGCUACCUGGGCGAGAUGAAGCGUAUCAGUGGCGUUCUGGAGGGUUUGCUCAAGGCCCAGACGGGGAAGCAUGGCGGCGGCGACGGCCCUUGGCUCGUGGGCAACAAGUACUCAUAUGCUGACCUCGCUUUUCUCUCCUACUACGUGAUCAUGCCGUUGGUCACCCCCAAGGAGGAUUUCGACCUUGCCGAGUUUCCGGUGAUCCAUGACUGGCUCAAGAGAAUGCUCGCGCGAGAACCCGUCAAGGCUGGCUUCAAAAAGAUGAGUGUGCCCAUAGAACAGGUCUUAACAUAAGUCUGAGAUAGCAUUAUCGGGGCCAGUGAUACUUCCAGGGACUGCCAUGCGGUCGUUGCUGGGUUGGAGAGCUCAGAGUCGGCACAGAAGUUUGAGGGUAUAGCUGAAAUGCGGGUGGAUAGGGACAGGGCAAAUGUACCUUCACAAGAACAGUAGUCUGUUACUUAGUAACCCAGAUGAGGUCAGAAAUAUCUGAAAUCCCGUUGUACCCAUAA